AUGGGAUUAAAGCCAGACUUUCUCGAAGCUCUUGCAAAUACUGUGAUGGAACAUGAUAAGCUCCAAAUCACGAAUGCGAACAUGCUUCUGAAAGAGCAGGAUACUUCUAUGUUCGCCCUUUGUUCGCCACGAAUAGUUCAUAAAAGUGGCCAACAAUCGGAUGUGAAAGUUAACGGCUUACCGAACAGAGAUGCGGUUGCCGAUUAUCAGGGUUCUAGUGAUGUUCAACGACCUCUUCAUGUCCAAGUCAACGGGUUCGGGAAGGCUCCAUCGCAGUCUAUUUCUUCGUCAACUUUGUCAACACCCCUCCAGCCUUCACCGUCACUAAUAACGUUGCAAGAGGGCUGUAUCUCUGCGGCGAGUUCUUCCCAGUCCUCUCAAACGUUAGUUUCACCUACGCCUGCUCCAUCUCCGAACAGUGGAAGCAAGGCUCAACCAACAUCAUCGAAGCCGCCUGGAACUGUUGGAACACCCGUAUUGGCAUAUUCCUUUAGGUCUUCAUUGCCGACCCCCAGCCAAGCAUCAAGGCGAGAAGUUGAAGUGACUAGGCGAAAAACGGUUGUCGACAAGAUCGUCAAAGGAAAAGAACGAAAUGCUUUCAAGUUCUUUGUCUUUGGGUUCGAGUCGCAAACACCAACUCAGCUUGCAAUGGCUGCCCGACGGUUGAAGAGCGUAGCUGAAGAAAAACUACCGAGACACGUUCUUACUCGGGUCUAUGGGGAGGAGGAAUCAAGAAAUGCAAAGAAACGGGCGACACAAUCUCUCCUAAUGCGGCAAAGUAGGCCUUCGUCCUAUUUGGACGGUGACGACAGCACUGACCUCUCUGACAUUGAAGUUAAAGAAAAGGUCGAUACAAUCGCUUCGAAAUGGGGCCAGGUUAAAGCGUCCGUGAGCUCAGCGAUGGCAAAAAACGCUGUGGAAAUCGAGAGUAGCAUUCGACAUGUAUGUGAUUUAUCUUCUUUUGCAUAG